AUGGACCCAGAACACACCCCGGUAGAGGAUAGUACUGGUAGCAGCAGUCGAGAAGACGGCCAGCCGGUCGGCGAUGUCGAAAAAGCAGCAGUCGGAUUCGAACCGGCACCAGAUGGUGGUCUCUUAGCCUGGUCAGUGGCCGCGGGUGGUUUCUUUGUAGUCUUUUCGACACUGGGCUUCGCCAACUCGUUUGGUGUGUUUGAGGAGUUUUAUAUGACGCACCAGCUCGCCGAAAAGAGCGCCGACACGAUCUCGUGGAUCGGCAGCUGCAGCACGUUCUUCCAGUAUCUGGCCGGGGCCGUGUCGGGGCCGCUCUUCGAUCGAUAUGGGGCCAUGGUUCUCCACUUGUCAGCCUUCUGCUGCGUGUUUGCUGUCAUGAUGAUCAGCCUCUGCAAGCAGUACUACCAGUUUUUCCUAGCCCAGGGCGUGCUGCUAGGCCUCGCGAGCGGCGGGAUGCAGUUUCCGGCCAUGGCUGCGGCGAUGCAGUAUUUUGACCGGAAGCGCGGGGCGGCACUGGGAAUCAUUAUCGCGGGCUCGUCGUUGGGCGGCGUGGUGUUUCCGGUGGCGCUGAGUCGCAUGCUCAACACGCCGGCCGAGGAGGCGCGGCUGGGUUUUGGCUGGGCCGUGCGCAUCAUCGGCUUCAUCAUGCUGGGCUCGCUGGUGGUGUCGUGUCUGACGGUGCGACCCCGACUGCCGCCGCGGAAGACGAGCUUCUUUCUCGUGGGGGCGUGGCGCCAAAACGACUUCCGCCUGCUCGUGGCCUCGUUCUUCUCCUUCCUCGGCAUGAUGAUGCCGCUCUUCUACCUGCCGUCGUUUGCGGUCUCGAUCGGGACCCACGCCACACUGGCGUCGUAUCUGCUCGCCAUCGUCAACGGCGCGUCCACGUUUGGUCGCAUCAUCCCCGGCAUCUUGGCCGACCGGCUCGGCCGCAUCAACGUCUUGGUCGUCGGCUGCACCACUACCGGCAUCUGCAUCUUCUGCAUGACCACGAUCACAUCCAAUGCCGGCCUCGUCGUCUUCGCCAUCUUCUUCGGAUUCACGUCCGGCACCAUCAUCUCCGGCAUUUCGGUCGCCCUCUCCAUCUGUGUCGCCGACCCCCGCAACAUGGGCACGUACAUGGGCAUGGGCAUGGGCCUGUCAUCCAUCGCCGCGCUGGUCGGCCCGCCCAUCAACGGCCGUCUGGUCCACGCCUACGGCGGCUAUCUGCAGACAUCCAUCUUCAGCGGCGUCACCUGUCUGGUCGGUGCGGCCCUGGCCUUCUUGGCCAAGGCCGGAACGCCCGCCGGACUGUGGGGGAGAACGUGA